AUGCGUGCAAUUGGCUCUCUCUGCCUGUCCUUGGCUAUAUCAUUGGCACUAUUAACCGGAACAGAAGCUCGCAAUGCAGAUAGUAUUGACAAGUGUCCUCCCUUGAAGGUGCGACGCAAUGGUCCUAAAGAUGUAACUGAUGUGCGAAUCGAUGAUAUCAAAGUCAUUGCUGCAUUAGGUGACAGUAUCAUUGGAGGGUUUGGCCUCAUGGGUAAAGGCAACGGCACAACCACCAUUAAUACUGUCAUAGAGUACCGAGGUGAGAGCUACCCAAUUGGCGGUAACGAUGGUGCAGAAACAUUAGCAACCUACACCAAAAGAUACCAGCCAAAACUAAAGGGAGCUUCUGUUGGAGAACAUCUAGUUGAGCGCUGUAAUCUUGAAUACUGCCCACCUACGGAAUACAGACCCUCAAUAGAUAAUCUAAACGGUGCAAGAAGUGGAGCUGUUGCCAAAAGUCUUGAUCCCGAGCUGGACUAUGUUAUCCCUCGUAUGAAAAAUUAUCCUGGCGUAGACUUUGAGAACGACUGGAAACUCAUUACAAUUCAGAUCGGAAGUAACGAUCAAUGUGGCUCAUGUACUUCAUUUGCAAACGAAAGCACAGUGGAAGCUUAUACUUUGUACGUCGAGUCCGCCAUUGAGAGAAUUCAAAAUAAUAUCCCUAAAAUCAUUGUUAAUCUAAUUGGAAAUCUCAGGGUGUCAGCCUUGUUACCUUUGGCUGAAGCACAUGCAGAGUAUUGCCCCUCAACUGACACCAGUGUGAAUUAUUUUACUCCAAAGGCAGAAUGUCCUUGUCUAGCCUCCCAGGACCAGACUGACACGAUGGAUUAUUUGGCAGACAACUACGACAAGGCUUUAAUAAAUAUCGCACAUAAAUACAGAGCAAGAAAGGGGGGUGACUUUGCAGUAGUCUAUCAACCUUAUGAUAUUAACUUUAUCAGCUUCCCUGUUCAAGCUCUGAGUUCACUCGAUUGCUUUCACCCGAGUUUGACUCUGCACAAAUAUUUCUCAAAAAUAUUUUGGAACUCGCUUUUCCUUCCCAGCCAGCGUAAGCCUCAGCAUUAUAGCUAUGAUCCAAACCUCACGCUAUACUGCCCCAAGCAAAAAGACAGAAUUGCUACGAAAUAA